ACGAAUGUUUUACUUGAUAUAGUAAGUAAAAAGCUGCCAGGACGGAGUUUGUUUGGACGUUGUGGAAGUUUUCUUGUGAAAUCCUUGCAUUCGCGCAUUGAUUUGCAUGCCAUCUAGGAAACACAAACCAGCAGGUGCCAUGAACAGACAGAGUUUUCAGUCGUGUGGCCAAAUCAGAUUAACAGUUCUGCUGCUGAUGACUGUCCCAGUUGUUCAAAGUGGGAAGGUUCUUGUGUUUCCAGUGGAUGGCAGUCACUGGGUCAACAUGAACAUCUUGGUGGAGGCACUUCACGCCAAAGGUCACGAUGUUACAGUCAUUCGGAUGCCAGACAGCUGGUACAUUAAAGAAUUCUCACCUCACUACACAUCAAUCACUCUGAAUUCUCCUGGAGGAUUCGAAGAAGAAUUUUUUGAGAUGUUUGCAUUCAGACUUAUGAAAAUCCUGAGAGAAGGUACCACCUGGGCUCGUCUGAAGCUGGAGAUAGAGAUGUGGGAAAAUGUUGGAAAGAUGUUUAAAAUAAAAAGUGAGAUGAUAGUCAACAUGUUUGAAGACCAACAGCUAAUGCAGUCAUUAAAAGACACCAAAUAUGAUUUGGUUCUUACAGAUCCAGUUGAUUUUGGAGGCAUUUUAUUGGCUCACCAUUUCAAACUACCCAUUGUCUACAAUGUCCGUUGGACAGUGUGCAAUGAGGCUCAUUAUGUAAUAGCUCCUUCUCCACUUUCUUAUGUUCCUUUGCCAAUGCUGGAGUUAUCAGAUCGCAUGAGUUUCUUGGAGAGAGUGAAGAAUGUUGUAAUGUACAUCAUAACUGAAACACAAGUUGCCUUUAUGAUUGCUCCAACAUAUAAUGCACUUUGCGAACGUUUUAUUGGCCCUGGAGUGUCCUUCCUUACGCUAGUUCAGAGUGCUGAUCUGUGGCUACAUAGAGUGGAUUUUAUUUUUGAAUUCCCGCGUCCCACUAUGCCAAACAUUGUCUACAUGGGAGGUUUUCAGUGCAAGCCAUCAAAACCUCUUCCCCGGGAUCUGGAGGACUUUGUGCAGAGCUCUGGUGAUCAUGGUGUCAUCAUCAUGUCUCUGGGCACUCUCAUUGGUCAGCUUCCCGAUGAUGUGGCUGAGGCGAUUGCUGAAGCUUUUGCAGAACUUCCACAGAAGAUCAUCUGGAGGUACAAAGGAAAGAGACCAUCUGCUCUAGGAAACAACACCUUAAUGAUGGACUGGAUGCCUCAGAAUGAUCUUCUGGGGCAUCCUAAGACCAGAGCCUUUGUGGCACAUGGAGGAACCAAUGGCAUUCAAGAAGCCAUUUACCACGGGGUCCCAAUCAUUGGAUUUGGGCUGAUUUUUGACCAGCCUGAUAAUCUUGCAAAAAUGAGAGUACGAGGUGUAGCCAAGACUGUAGACUUUGCCACAGUGGAUAAGGACUCCUUCCUUAAAACUGUGAAAGAGGUGCUUUAUGAUCCCUCUUAUCGGGAGAACAUGCAGAGGCUCUCAAGGCUUCACAAGGACGUUCCAGUGAAACCUCUGGACAACGCCAUCUUCUGGAUUGAGUUUGUUAUGAGGCACAAAGGUGCUGCUCACUUGCGCACAGAGUCUUACAAAAUGCCCUGGUACUCUUAUCACUCUGUUGAUGUCAUACUGUUCCUGCUUUCUGCUGUGUCACUCAUAAUCUUGACUAUAUAUGCAGUAAUCAGAUAUUUCUGCUGCAGAAUAUGCAUGAGAAAAACAAAAAACAAAAGCAAAUGAGUUCAGUUGUUAAAUCAACAAUAUUUGUGUUGUACUGUUUCUACAACUUUAAUGUUUGUGUUCAACUAUAUUUAGUUCUG